AUGUCUUCUAAGUUCGAAAGGAUCCUCACUGGUCCAGCUUUAGCGAUCAACAACUUUUUGGACAAGACUCCCAAAAUCUACAAUGUUUACUUUGUUGCUUGUAUAUCUACCAUUGCUGGUAUGAUGUUUGGUUUUGAUAUUUCGUCAAUGUCGGCUUUUAUUGGUACCGAUUCAUACAUGAACUACUUUGACAGCCCUGGAGCUGACAUGCAAGGUUUUAUCACCUCGCUGAUGCCGCUCGGUUCAUUCUUUGGUGCUAUUCUCUCGUCGUUUGUUUCCGAGCCUUUCGGAAGAAGAAUCUCAUUGUUGGCUUGUGCCUUUUUCUGGAUGGUUGGUGCUGCUGUCCAAUCUUCAUCUCAAAACAGGGCUCAGUUGAUUAUUGGCCGUAUCAUCUCGGGUGUCGGUGUCGGUUUCGGAUCAUCGGUGGCCACCAUCUAUGGUGCCGAGUUGGCUCCAAGAAAAGUUAGAGGUUUUAUUGGUGGUAUGUUCCAGUUUGCCGUUACUCUUGGUAUCAUGAUUAUGUUUUACAUCUCGUACGGUUUGGGACAAAUAAACGGCCAAGCUUCAUUUAGAAUAGCAUGGGGUAUUCAGAUUGUCCCUGGUUUGUUGUUGUUCUUUGGUGUCAUGCUCAUUCCUGAAUCUCCACGUUGGUUGGCUAAACAGGGACAAUGGGAAAAGGCCGAGUUUAUUGUUUCCAAGGUGCAGGCCAAGGGCGACAGAGAGGCUCCUGAAGUGUUGAUUGAAAUAUCCGAAAUCAAAGAUCAAAUCUUGAUUGAAGAAUCUGCCAAAUCUACCAGCUACGCCACUUUGUUCACCAAGAAGUACAUCAAAAGAACAUUCACCGCUUGCUUUGCGCAAAUCUGGCAACAAUUGACCGGUAUGAACGUGAUGAUGUACUAUAUUGUCUAUUUGUUCAUGAUGGCUGGUAAAACCGGAAACACCAACUUGGUUGCUUCUUCGAUCCAGUACGUGUUAAACACUGUGUGCACCAUUCCUGCCUUGUUUGUUGUUGACAGAAUUGGAAGAAGACCAUUGUUGAUGGGUGGUGCUAUCUUUAUGAUGAUUUUCCAAUUUGGUCUUGCUGGUAUCUUGGGAGCACACGCCGUGCCAUGGCCGGACUCCCCUAACCCCACCGUCACCAUCAAAAUUCCAGAAGAUAACAAGUCAGCUUCUCACGGAGCAAUUGCUUGCGCCUACUUGUUUGUCGUUGGAUUUGCUUCGACUUGGGGUGUAACCACAUGGGUGUGGGUGGCCGAGGCUUGGGGCGACAAUAGAAUCGCCCAGAGGGGAAACAGUUUGGCCACUGCUGCCAACUGGAUCAUGAACUUUGCCAUUGCCAUGUACACACCUAGUGGAUUCAAAAGUAUAAGUUGGAAAACCUACAUCAUCUACGGUGUUUUCUGUUUGUGCAUGUUAAUCCACGUUUACGUUGGAUUCCCUGAAACGCGUGGUAAGCGUUUGGAAGAGAUUGGACAGAUGUGGGAUGAAAAUGUGCCCGCUUGGAGAUCUGCCUCGUGGCAACCAACUGUUCCAUUAGCUUCCGAUGCUGAGUUGGCUAGAAAGAUGAGUGUUGAGCACAAGGAGAAUGGAUUGAUUGAACAAGAUACCCACUCCAAGGAAGGCGACUUGAUGGGACAAGAUACUCAAUCCGAAGAGAAAGUCUAA